UUUCCAGGAUCCUCCUCUUUCUGAUAUUUUACUCCACUUGGGUUCUCCAUUUUCUCGGGAAACUAUAGAGUUUUCUCGAGAAAGUUAGUCGUUAUUUUGAGUGCUAAUGGGUUGUUGUUUAUGGAGAUGAGAGAAAUGGAGGAGGUGAUAAUUAGGCAAGGGAGGUCUCUGGCGGAGACUCCAACGUACUCCGUUGCUUCAGUCAUCACAGUCUUGGUUUUCGUUUGUUAUGUUGCUCAAAAGUCUAUUUACAAAUUUGGAAAGUGGUUGAAGAAAACAAGGAGGAAGGCUCUAUUUGCUUCACUAGAGAAGAUUAAAGAAGAGCUGAUGUUGCUGGGGCUUAUAUCUUUGUUGUUGGCGCAAUGGGCACGAGGGAUAUCCGAGAUUUGUGUGAAUUCAUCACUUUUCAGCAGUAAAUUUUAUAUCUGUUCUGAAAAAGAUUAUGGCAUCAAUAAGCAUGUCUUGUUAAAAAGUUCCUUCUCUUUUCAAAAUGAAUCUGAUAUUCCCCCCAGAGGAAUUAACACUCACACAUCUCAUCAAUGUGGUGAGGUAAAAUUCUUCUUUUACCAUUUGAAUAACUUUGUUGCACUCUUGGUUUGUGAANUGAUUCCACAUUAA